AUGGAAACCAUCGAAGUGGCCUCGCGGUCGUUUGUCAUCAAGUGGGUCACUGCCCCCGAGGGCUCCGCCAUCACCUUCAAAGUUCACCCCCUGAAAAAGUCCAUCAACGUGGGCAUCUUCGAGAAGGAGCGGAGCAACAACUUGCAGGUCGAAAUCGAGGCUGAAGGACACAAUGCCGGCCGACGAGCCUCCAUCUCGGCUCCCCACUCGGGAACCAUCGAAAAACGACUUGAAUCAAGCGGAUUGUCCCCUGUUCUGCCGCUCAAAAAGUGCAACGCCAACGAACAGUCCGAGGGAGUCUACAAGGUCCCCAAGGGAAAGGGAGGCAUCUACGCCCUUGUGUUCGACAACACCUUCUCCAAAACCACACCCAAAACCGUCCAUUUCACUGUCCAGGCCAUGGAAGAGGGACAUGCGGCUAACAAUGCUCCCCAUACCCUUGUCUCCGAGACCGCCGUAUCCGGUAUCCUGCUCAAAAAGCGACGAAAGAAGCUCCAGGGAUACACCCGACGGUACUUUGUUCUGGAUCUCAAGCUGGCCAUUCUCAAUUACUACACAGACCCCAAGUCCAACUCGUUGCGAGGCUCUCUGCCCCUGACCUUGUGUGCCAUCUCUGCCUCCAAGGCCCAGAGACUCAUCUUUGUGGACUCGGGUAUGGAGGUGUGGAACCUCAAGGCCCUCAACGACGCCGACUGGCAGAUCUGGGUCGACACCUUUGAGCGGAUCAGAAAGGGCAAGAGCGGAGGAGCUGCUGACGAACCUGUUCCCGCAGUCGCUGCUGUGACCGCACCUGACCAGGAGAAGUUUGCUCAGCUUGUGGCCAAGCUACGAGAGACCAAGGAUAUUUCCGAUGUGGCUGCUCAGGAGCCCGGCGCUUCCAACGUGACCAAGGACCUCAAUGCGCGCCUAGCAGCGCUGUAUCUCGAGUUCACCGACGUGGUGUCCCAUGUUGCUCAUGAGAGCGCCAUGUACUCACAGCCCAUGGCCAAGCGAGCGUCCUUUAACGGCUCCAUCAUGUCCGAGCAUGACACUUUCUACGACGCUGAGGAGAACCCCGACAAGGACGGAGUUGUGUUCCUGGACGACGACGCUGUUGACGACGAUGACGACGGAGCUGAGCACGACUCCACAGACGAGGAGGACGAGGGACACCAUGUUGCUCCUGUUGUCCAUGAUGCUGAUGACGCUGAUGAUCUGUACCCACUGCAUGAGGUUCAGCCGGUCAAGCACCGAGUCACUCUUCCUGAUGCUGCUUCCACCCCCCCUUCCAUGUUGGGUAUCCUCAAGAAGAGUGUCGGCAAGGAUAUGGGCUCCAUGGCCGUCCCCAUCACCACCAACGAGCCUAUUUCUGCUCUACAGAGAUUCGCCGAGAUGUUCGAGUACCCCCAGCUGCUGGACGAGGCUGAAAACGUGCCUGCCAAUGACGGAGAGCGAAUCAUCUACGUGGCCACCUGGGCUGUCUCCUACCUCGCCUCCAUGCGAGCUAAGGAGCGAGCUCUCCGAAAGCCUUUCAACCCUCUUCUUGGAGAGACCUAUGAGCUGGUUCGACCCGAUCUCGGUUACAGACUCAUCUCUGAAAAAGUGUGUCAUCACCCUCCCGUUAUGGCUCUGCAUGUAGACUCCGAGCAUGGCUGGUCUGUGGCCCACUCGUCUGAGCCCGUGCAGAAGUUCUGGGGUAAGUCGAUGGAAAUUAACUACCUGGGCCCUAUCGUCGUUAAGUUCCGACAGUCCGGCGAGGUUUUCCACUGGAGCAACCCCACCACGUACCUGCGAAACAUCAUGGCUGGUGAGAAGUACACCGAGCCUGUUGGCGACUUCACCAUCUUCUCUUCCACCGGAGAGAAGGCCAUUGUCGAGUUCAAGGCCGGAGGAAUGUUCUCCGGUCGAAGCGAAGAGCUCAACAUCAAGGCUGUUUCAGCUAAUGGUUCUAACCUGCCCUGCUUCGCCUCCGGUAAGUGGACCGAGCAGAUCACCCUCAACAACGCCAAGGGUCAGAAGAAGACCAUCUGGAAGGUCGGCAACCUCGUCAACAACCACACCAAGAAGUGGGGUUUCACCGAGUUCACCGCCGGUCUCAACGAGGUCACCCCCAUCGAAAAAGGACACGCUUCCCCUUACGACUCGCGGUUCCGACCCGACCAGAAGGAGUACGAGGCUGGCCAGACCGACAAGGCCGAGGCCGGCAAACAGGAGCUGGAGGAGAAGCAGCGGGAGCGACGAAAGGUGCUACAGGACUCGGGUAAGACGUACAAGCCCACCUUUUUCGAAAAGUCGUCUGGUUUGGACGGAGUCAACGAGCAGGGCGAUCUGUACCUGCUUACCAAGGGUCCCAACAACUACUGGAACCGACGAAAGCAGGGCAACUGGGAGGGUCUUACUCCUUUGUGGUAG